CAGUGUUUGGCGGCUGGCGGCGGGAGAAAUUGAUGUUGUGUGUGUACCUUUGAUAAAACGCAUAGCCUUUUGCCAUGUUCUCAGACGUCAGUGCCCACAAAGACAGGACGCUUCUGGGCCCACCUGGAUCAGAGUGCCCUGUGUUCGAUCGAGUGCGCCCCAGCUACUCCAGCUGUUCGGACCGAUAUAGGCUUGGGGAGCGCAGCUUCAAUCGGCAGUAUGCGCACAUUUACGCCACACGGCUGAUGCAGAUGAGGGACAUCCUCACCGCUAGAGCCAAGCAAACAUGGGGUGCAGACAUACCAGUGAGAAGGCUCUGUGAUCUUCAGAUGGGGGAGCAGUGUUGCAUUGUGGGUACCAUCUUUAAGCACAUGGAGCUCCAGCCUUCCAUCCUGAAAGAGAUCAGUGAGGAGCAUAACCUCCUGCCCCAACCUCCACGCACAAAGUACAUUAGCCAAUCAGAUGAGCUCAUACUGGAAGAUGAGCUACAGCGAAUCAAACUAGAAGGAAACAUUGACACGCCAAAGUUUGUCACAGGUAGCGUGAUUGCUGUGUUUGGAGCAGAGAAGAACGAUGGCAAAUUCACAGUGGAGGGUUUCUGCACGGCAGACCUGCCCCUCCAGGCAGCCAGACAGCCCCUGAGCUGUGACCGGUUUGUGCUCCUGGCCUCUGGGCUGGGUCUCGGUGGCAGCGGCGGGGACAGUUUGCUAGGCCUGCAGCUGCUGGUGGACAUGGUGACGGGGCAGCUGGGUGAUCAGGGCGAGCAGAGCGGGGCGGCGCAGAUCUCCCAAGUCCUGCUGGCUGGGAACCUGCUGAGCCACAGCACUCAGGACAAAGACUCUGUCAGCAAGGCCAAGUACCUCACAAAGAAGACGCAGGCGGGCAGUGUAGAGGCCAUCCGCAUGCUGGACGAGGUGCUAGUGCAGCUGGUGGCCUCUGUGCCGGUGGAUGUCAUGCCAGGCCAGUACGACCCCACCAACUACACCCUCCCCCAGCAGCCCCUCCACCGCUGCAUGUUCCCACUGUCCACCACUUACCCCACCCUGCAGCUGGUCAGCAACCCCUACCAGGCCGACAUAGAUGGGGUCAGGUUUCUCGGCACGUCUGGUCAGAACGUUAGCGACAUUGCAAAGUACAGUAGCAUGGAUGACCACUUGGACAUCUUGGAGAGUACACUGAGACUCCGCCACCUGGCUCCCACCGCGCCUGAUACACUGGGCUGCUAUCCCUUCUAUCAGAGUGAUCCCUUUAUACUAGAGGAGUGCCCCCAUGUGUACUUCAGUGGAAACGCUCCCAGCUUCCAGUCCAAGCGUAUCACAGGUGCAGACGGACAGGAGGUGCUCCUGGUGGCCGUGCCUGAAUUCAGCCGAACGCAGACCGCCUGCCUGGUGAACCUGCGCACGCUCGAGUGUGAGCCUGUCAGCUUCUCCUCGUUCUCCACCGAGGACGACGAGGAGAAUGAGAUGAACAUAAGCCACUGAGACAGGAUCGGAAGCAUACUCCCCAGGGUCCAGCCAGCACCCGCCUUACACUCCUCCCUCCCCAGCACCGCCCAUCUGGGUGGACCAUCUGAAGCAGGAGACCCAGAGGAUCCCCUCAACUCCUGGGCUCCCCAUCGUGAUCAAUUACCUCAUCUGCAUUUUAUGUUCGUAGUAAUUCCUCACAUGAAUUCCCACACUGUCUGUGUUUC